AUGUCCACCCCGAGUGCCAUGGCCAGAACGGCGCCUAUUCCCAUAGCUCCCAAGCCUGCUUCUUCAUAUUCCGAUCCUCUCGGUCGUGCUACUACAAGCUUCACCGCACUUCGACGCUCCCACCCGCCGAGCCGCCAGGACAGCAUCAGCGCCGAUUCUUAUCCUGCAAGCCUCGCCCGCCUCGAUUUGUCCGCUUCCAGCUCUCCCUUUACCACCUUUGCCGCAACACCUUGCGAGGCCUGCCAGAGACGUCGUAUCCGCUGCGUUAUGGGCGAGGACGAUGACGUCUGUGUGUCCUGCCAGGUGGGCAACUUCGAAUGCUCUUUAUCAGAAAGCCCCCAACCUCGCAAGAGGAAGCUGGCCGGCGAUCCGGACGAUGGCAACAGCAAGAGAGGUUUCUCGAGCACAGCCGCCAGCAACUCGCUCACAGAGGACAUGGCCAACUUUGGCGGUGCCACUAUGCUGAAACGAACACUAGGCCUACAGCAGGACCGGUAUUCCCAAUAUAUCGGGCCAACGACCGACUUCGAGCCGUCUCUGAUCAAUCUCUCGCCCUUUGACCCGCAAGACGAGAGCCUUCUGGCCCGUGGCACGCUCCGCAAGGUCAGCGAUAGCGACACGUUCCUGCUUCUGCCAGACUACAACACGCCCGGCUUUGAGCACGUGGCCGAUGAUGUGGAGGAAAUUGAGCGAAUCGUAGGUCCGAAUGGACGCCGGCUCGUCGACAUAUACUUCCGUGUGGUGCAUCCGGCCUUUCCCAUCAUCCAGAAAACAGUAUUCUACGAGAAGUACGAGACAUCGCCGCACGAGAUCUCGCCGCCGCUGCUCGCGACCAUAUACAUCCUGGCGAUCAACUGGUGGGACCAGGACGAGGAGCUCAUCGGCCAGCCGCGGCCCAACAUGCGCGAGCUAGAGCGGCUUGUGCGGACAACGCUGGCGGAUGCGAUGUUCCGACCCAAACUCUCGACAGUGCAGGCGGGACUGUUGCUGUCGCAGCGGCCCGAGGGUGACCAGUGGGCACCCACAGCACAGCUGGCGGCUAUUGGGCAGGAGCUAGGUCUGCACUUGGACUGCUCGGGCUGGAAGAUCCCACCGUGGGAACGUGGACUGCGCAAGCGACUAGCGUGGGCACUGUACAUGCAGGACAAAUGGGGGGCACUUGUGCACGGGCGGCCAUCGCACAUAUUUGCCAACAACUGGGCGGUGAGGCAGCUGCAGCCGAACGACUUCCAGGAUGUGGAGUGGGACGAGGAGGACACAGAAGAGCGGCUGCAGAUCGAGCGCGGCCGCAUCCUGUUCGCGCAGAUGGUGCAGUUGACACAGGUGCUGGCAGAGAUCCUGGAGACGUUCUACACGCUGCAGGCGGUGCACAAUGUGGCGGCGGCAGGGGCGCAGGGCACGCAGACGGUGCUGGCGCUGGCCAAGCCGAUCCAGCUGAAGCUUAAAGAGUGGUAUUCGGCGCUGCCGACAGCGGUGCGGAUGGACUCGUCCAUCUCAUCGGGGCCGUUGAGCAGCGGCCGGCUGUGUAGCAUCGGCUACCUACACCUAGCGUACUUUGCGGCCGAGAUCACGCUGCACCGACGGAUCAUCCGGUCGAUGACGCCACCAGGCGGCAUGACGCACUCGACGGUGAGCACGCCGGCGUCACCGGUGCAUUCGAACAGCGGCAGCGGCAGCGGCAACGGCAACGGGACCAGCAGAGGCGGUGGCAGCCAGAAUGGGCCUGAUCCAUAUGUGCAGCACAUCUGCCGAUCGGCGGCAAAGGCGCGGCUGAUCUCAGCAAUGGACUUUGUUAACCGGCUGACGCCGAACCAUCUGCAGUCAUUCUGGUAUUUUGCGUCCAAGACCAACUUUGCGCUGAUCGGAACGUUUGGCAGCCUCUUGUGGGCGACAUCACCGGGACGCGAGGAGGCCGAGUGGUACCGGCGACGGUUGGGCGAGUAUCGUUGGACGCUCUCGGUGAGCUCGAAGCCAGGUGAAGGCAAGGGCCUGACGGAGUUUGCGAUGGGCAUGCUGGACAUCAGCACGGGCCUGCUCAAGAAGCUGCCGGAGAAGCCGAGCUUCAGCCGCAGCUCGAGCGCGGUCGAUAUGGAAGCGGCGCGGCGGCAGAGCAUCCUGGCGCUGGGGAUGGGGAUCGGGGGGAUGGGCGGCGGCAACAGCAACGGGUUUGGCACGCUGGGCCAGCACGAAGGUUUUGGCAGUUUCUCGGGCGUGGACAUUAACGGGGUGCAGAGCCCCAAGUCGACGGACAGCAGCGACGACGGAGUGUAUGGGCACUUUGUGCCGGGAUCGGGGAUGGCAAGCGUGCCGGAAUGA